ACACAUAUCCAACAAUAUAACAAUUGCUUUCAAAUGACUUCAUUUGGGGCAACAAAUGUAGUUCGGGAAAAUUUUAUGCCAACUUUCAAGAUACAAGGGCAAAUAUAUCACAGAGCAGGUUCACUGUUACCAGUGUCAGAUAGCGACAACAAAUUCCUGCAAAUUUAUUUUAUGGGCAAUUCACCACAAGAAAUUGAUCUGCGUUGUGCACAUAACAAUUUAGUAAAGAGUUCUAUUAUAGAACAAUUACAAACUUUAUUUCAUCAACACAAUCAAUUGAUUAUAUUGUUUAAAACUGCCCUGGAUCUGAUGCCAUCCGAUAAUCACAAAAUUGUAAUCAGAGCUGAUAAAACACCUGCAGGUCAACAUACAAGACGUUUUAAUGCACCAACUAUUGAUGAAGUUGCUAUCGUUGUAGUUGGAGAAAACUUGGAAUCCCGUGAUAUUGUUUUACAUCGUCGGAAUGAUCAAUUACAACGUAUAAAGGAAACACACCGCUCAUAUGAUGCACUGCAAUAUCCCAUUAUAUUUUGGCAAGGUGAAGAUGGCUACGAUUUCUCAACAAAAAUGAUAAAUCCCAUUACAGGUUCUGAAACCAACAAAAAAGUCAGUUCAAUGAACUAUUAUUCAUACCGCCUAAUGAUUCGGGAAAAUGAAGAUAAUCACAUAUUGAAAUGUCGGCGAUUAUAUCACAAAUAUGUUGUUGACAUGUAUGUUAAAAUUGAAACGGAGAGAUUAACAUUCAUCAGGUUGAAUCAAACCAAACUCCGAUCUGAAGAGUAUAUUCACCUUCGAGAUGCGAUUAAUACUGAUGGAAAUGCACAGAAUGUCGGUCGGAUGACUAUUCUUCCAGCAACAUACAUCGGAAGCCCUCGGCAUAUGCACGAAUAUGCUCAAGAUGCCAUGUCGUAUGUUCGUCAUUAUGGUACAGCAGAUUUGUUCAUCACAUUUACAUGCAAUCCGCAAUGGAUAGAAAUCAAGCAGGAGUUAUUCUCUGGGCAAUCACCCAUUGAUCGUCAUGAUAUUACAGCCAGAGUCUUUAGACAAAAGUUGAAAUCAUUAAUGGAUUUCAUCGUAAAACAUAAUGUGUUUGGUGAGACACGCUGCUGGAUGUAUUCUGUGGAGUGGCAGAAACGAGGAUUGCCACAUGCACACAUUUUGGUUUGGUUGGUUGAAAAGAUAAGGCCAAAUGAAGUUGAUGCAGUGAUAUCAGCUGAAAUCCCUGAUGUACAAGUAGAUCCUGGAUUACAUGAGGUAGUUAUCAAACACAUGAUACAUGGUCCCUGUGGAACUCUUAAUCAAAAUUCACCGUGUAUGAUGGAUGGUAAAUGUUCAAAACGAUAUCCACGGACAUUAAUAUCGGAAACAAUUACUGGUAAUGACGGUAUCCAUUGUAUCGUCGCAGAUCGACAGCAGACAAUGGAAAAUCAACAAUUGUCAAAUUAAAUCAACAAGAUAUUGAAAUAGAUAAUCGUUGGAUUGUUCCAUAUUCACCCAUUUUAUCAAAGACAUUCAAAGCACACAUCAACGUUGAAUCUUGCCAUUCAGUGAAAUCAAUUAAAUACAUUUGCAAAUAUGUAACCAA